AUGAAGCCCGUCAGUGGAAAUUGGUGUUGGAUAUCAAGAGACCGACCCGACCUUCGGUACGCGUUAACUCACGGCUGGCGAUUCGGCAUAAUAUUUACCACCAUUCUUAUCUACCUCUAUGUUUGGUGGUACCUCGGCCGACAUUUCCGCUCUAUGGUCAGCACAUCUGACCCGCUAUACGAAACCGGCGAUACAAACAGCAACGUGGUAACGUCAUCUAUACGCAAGAAGCAAGGAUUUGAGAUUAUUCAAACGCCAGAGUUGGAGAUGGACCAGUUCGAACGACCGAAACCGACCCCGAGCAAAACACCGCAGAACUAUUCGACUCUGCCAAAACAAACAGAUAUGCCCUUAGGUCAAGCUCGUGAGACUGGACCAGCUGGGAGACUAAAUUUGAACAAAGACGAAGACGAGGAAGCUGAUGAACAACAAACCUGGCCAUCAGAAUCCUCCAGAAGGUUGCAGUCCAUCGAAGACAAAGUGGAGGAAGAGCCGAGACGAAAGAUGUCAGCAAGAAUUUCGCGGUUUGAUAACGACGAUCUUGAUAUGAGCCAAGCCUCUGAGGCAAGGUUCUCGUAUUUGGAGCAGGAGGAAAAAUUGCACCAAAGUGCUACUGGAGGACCAUCCUAUCUUCAUCGAGACAUGCAACCUCCGACGCCCGCACGAUUUUCUGGCCAUGGCAUGCGCUCAGUAGCUUUUGGCUCCAAUGACAAGCGCGGCAAUAAAAACGGAGACUCAACUUUGGAAUGGCAAUUACCGGCCUCUCGGGAACUAAAUGCAAGGGACUUCCCUUUGAGCCCGAGCCUCAACAAUGUUCAGAAGCAGGUGCCGCAGAAUGUUACUGCUACUAUGAUGAGCGACUUCCCCAUCCGAAAACAAACGAGAAAAGUCGAGCGCGAGAUCAGGCGUAUGAUGCUCCUCAACGCGUACCCGAUCAUGUAUGUUGUGCUCUGGAUCCCCGGCCUCGUCAAUAGACUGAUGGAGGCGUCGGGCAAUGACUCACAAAGCAGAGUUCUGGCAGCAUUACAGAGCUCGAGUCAGUACAUCGGCUUGGCAAACGCAAUCACCUAUGGUUUCAACCAGCAUGUGAGACAUAGGAUUAAGGGUGAUUUAUUUCGUUGGAUGCGACGAAGAUGA